UCCAGACUCCAGACUCCAGAGCGGAGCAGAGCACAGCUGUGGAUUGUUGAUCCAUAAUCAUAAUCCAAUCGAAGCGUUGGUGGCAAAAAAAUCAAAGUCAGCCUGAGAAAGGGCGGAGAAGAGAAGAGAAGCGGGAUGAAUCUGAAUGCGAGCACCAACUCAGUGGAAGCGUUGGUGGCAAAAAUCCAAGGGUUAUCGGGCGGCACCGCCCGAGACUUGGCUCAUCUCCACAGCCUCUUGAAAGAGUCGGAGGACUUACUUGUCUCCUCCGAUUCCACUCGCCCCUCACCGGCUUCUUUUCUCUCCGAACUCGACCCGUCCAAACAUUCUCUUGGCUACCUCUACUUUCUGGAGGCUAGCACGUCUCGUCCGAUUUCAAAAGAGGGAUCUGGUGAGGUAGCCCUGUCGAUUUCCAGAUUCAUUGAUGCGUGCAAGGCUGAUCAAAUCCGUUUGGCACCUGAUAAGUUUAUAUCUGUUUGUAGAAGGUUCAAGGAUCAAGUUCUGUUGGCUGAAGCCCCAAUACGAGGAGUUGCUCCGAUGCUGAUAGCUGUUCGGAAGCUUCAAAUAUCCUCUGAACAAUUAACCCCUUUACAUCCGGAUUUUCUUCUUCUCUGUUUGCUGGCUAAGUGUUAUAAAACCGGUCUCUCUGUCCUGGAGGACUAUAUAUAUGAGGUCGAUCAGCCUAGGGAUUUCUUUCUCUAUUGCUAUUACGGGGGGAUGAUUUGCAUUGGUCAAAAGCAGUUUCGUAAAGCAUCAGAGCUAUUGCACAAUGUAGUGACUGCACCUAUGUCCACCAUAAAUGCCAUAGCAGUUGAAGCAUACAAAAAGUACAUACUGGUUUCGCUAAUUUACGCUGGGCAGUUCUCUACCAGUUUUCCAAAGUACACUUCUUCAGUUGCUCAAAGGAAUUUGAAGAACUUCUCUCAGCCCUACCUUGACCUUGCCAUCAGUUAUAGCACUGGGAAAAUUUCCGAGCUGGAAUCUUGUGUCCAGAUGCACAAGGAGAAGUUUGAAGCUGAUAACAAUCUUGGAGUGGUAAAGCAAGUGGUGUCUUCUAUGUAUAAACGCAAUAUUCAGAGGUUGACUCAAACAUAUCUGACUCUCUCGCUUGAAGAUAUAGCUAAUAGCGUCGAGUUAAAGAGCUCCAAGGAGGCUGAAAUGCAUGUACUUCAAAUGAUUCAAGAUGGUGAGAUAUAUGCAACAAUAAAUCAGAAGGAUGGAAUGGUUAGAUUUUUGGAGGAUCCCGAGCAGUAUAAAACCUGUCAGAUGAUUGAACACAUUGACUCAUCAAUUCAGAGAAUAAUGGCACUGUCAAAGAAGCUGAGCGCUAUGGAUGAGCAUAUCUCAUGUGAUCCUUUGUACCUUGCUAAGGUCGGUCGGGAACGACACAGAUUUGAUUUCGAAGAUUUCGACAGUGUCCCCCAAAAGCUCAACAUGUGAGACACUCUUGGCCUCCGUCAUGUUAAAAAGAUUGGGGAGAGCAUUGCAAGACGUGAAUUUUGAAGUUGAAGGCAAAUUUUCCGUCGUUUUGUUCGCUAUAGAAAGGAAAUUGGUGAACAUCUGAAGCCUGGUAUAAUUUUCCGGCUUAGUCAUAUGAAGUAAUUGCUGGCACUUGCUCUUCUUUGAAGCCUAAUAAAUUUAUAGUUUUGUUAUUGUGUCAGUGGCAUAUCCUGUUGCAGCGUUUCCUAUGACUAUGACUAUGACUAUGACUAUAGCGCUGCCUCCAUAAGAUUGUGCAAAAACAUCUCUCGCGAUAGAGCCUAAAUGCUAGGAGUCUACAAACCUCCCAAUCUUGUACAGCCGUUUUUCCCCCAGUCUUAAUCUUUAUUUAAGUUUAUUCUUUCAUUGUCA